AUGACCAGAUUUACUGCGUCGCCCGGCUUCCGGCCUCCCCCGCGCCGUGAUACGUCGCGUCGAGGACCGGAUUUUCCUGCGCCUCUGUCGGCGCCAGCUGACGGCGGGGGCAGUUUCGGCAACGGACAUUUGGGCGGAUCUGAUGGUCUUGCCACGCUCUGCGGUUGUGGGAUAGAGAGUUUAUUUCAGGAUGCUGACAGUCAACAGCUGGAACCAUGGGGGACUUUUUCGUCACGUCGUCGUCGUUGACGGGACAACUAGUAGCAAAACGAGAUUAUUCAGCUCAACUUGAAAUUCCUAGGAACUGCGACAUGAAUUCAUAUCUUCUAAAUACAGUACUCUUCAUAUCCUUGUUUUAAGAACACCUCUAUAAAUGUAUUUAUUGAAAUUAAUUUCACUUUGACACUUUAUUGCUACAUUUGAGACCUAUACUUGCUGAUGAAAGGUCAUUCUGAUCAUGAUUACCUUCAGAAAAGCAGUCUCCGAAACAGAAAAGCUAUUUCAAAACAACCGACAAUACAAUCUGCAAUUUUUGAUUUUAAGUGCAAUAAUUUUCUGAACAAAUGUCAUAAAUGUUCAAUGAAAGCAAAGUUAAUUCUAUAACAUCUUAAGGUUUCCGUCCCAUAAAAUACGGAAACCAUAAAGGCAUCAAACCCGGAUUCUGCCAGCAAUGUAAUAUAAC